ACGGGUCUUUCCACAUCGUGUGAGAUGAACCAUGACGGCUAGCCGGGCCCGGCCCCUGUCCCGGGACGCCCAGACUGCCAGAGUUAGACAACUUCAAAAUACCAGUAACGACCUCCGCUCACGGACAACUGACUGACUGUCAACCGUCAGAAGACUUCGUUUGUAUUGAGGUAACGACAGAAUACUUAGUAAGCUUGGCUUUAUCCGGGCUGAAGGUGCUGCACCUGAAGUGAGGAUGGAGGCCCUGGGAAAUGAGAUGUGCUGUCCUGUGUGUCUGGAGUUGUUCACAUACCCCCUGUUACUGCCUUGUGCACACAACCUCUGCAGGGGGUGUGCAGAAGACAUUUUAGCAUCCCCUCCAGACCAGUAUUACAAGAACAGUGCCAGCGGAAAGGGUGAACCUGAACCUGAGGUGGAGGACCUGGAUGAGACUGGCAGGGGGUUCUGCUGUCCCACAUGUCGUGAGAGGAUCGUGCUGGGGGACAAAGGAUUGGAUGGACUCAGGAAAAAUGCCACCUUACAGAGUAUUGUUGACAGGUACAAGCAAGCAACGUCUGAAGCACGUCGGACAGUGGGCAGCUUUGGCAGUGAACCAGACAGCCAGGUUGUUUGUGACUCAUGUGAGGACAACCCUAAGCCAGCCAUUAAGACAUGCAAAACCUGUGAGGUGUCCUUCUGCCCCGAGUGCCUGGAAGCUCACCACAGCCACCCCAAGAUCUUUGCCAAGCAUGUUCUCGUCGCUCCAACAGGUGUCAUUCCACACAAACAUUCCGACACGAAAGACAAGGAAGAGAUUCUAUGCAGUGAACACAGGGAUGAGAAGGUGAAUCUGUACUGUCGGGAAUGCAACAAGCUGGUCUGCACAAUCUGUAGACUAGUGGGGAAGCACAAGGACCAUGAACUGGCAGCUGUUGAUGAAAUGUUCAAAGAACUCAGAGAGAAGCUGAUACUCAAUGUCGAUGCCCUGGAGAAGAGAACUGAAGGAAUGAUUGACCAGGUUUCUUCCCUCAGGACCCAGUGUCAAGACAUUGAGAGUACUGGCCACCGUUACAAACAGCGGCUGUACAUGGACGUUGAUGAGCUCAUCAGAGUCCUGGAGGAGAAGAAGGUGACUCUUGGGGAGAAGAUUGACACGGAGAGAGAGAUGAAGGUCCAGGCUAUGGAGGAACAGGUGGACGAUGCUCUGGCCAUGGUGGAACAAGCCAAGAGGUCGCUGUUCUUUGCCAGGGAGCUGAUCAAGGAAAAGGAGUGUAGUGCAUUUCUUAUGAGUGCUGCAGAGAUCAAUGAAAGAAUCCAGAAGGCGAUGACCCCUCUGCCUGGCCAGCGUGUUGGUGCGGCACAGUUCAUGCACACAGUGGUGGACAUGAGGGAGCUGGGAGAGCUGCUCAAGGGGAUGAACUUCAUGAAAGUGCCAUCUGCUCCUGUUAUCUUGGCCAACUACUGCAAGGUGUCCAAUGUCUCCUUUACUCUACACUGGCUGAAUAAGGAGAGGGACUUCAUCGACUCAUACCAGGUGUUGUAUUGUGAGGCCAGUGUUGAAGAUGAUGGCUAUGGUCUAACUGCGGGAGGAAUGCCAUCAAGUCAGUCCACUUCACAGUGGAAGACUAAUGAUGGGAUCACAGAGGACCACCACACUGUGUAUGGGCUACAGCCUAACACCGAGUACACCAUGUUUGUCAGGGGCAUCAGCCAGGCUGGCUGCACGGAGAGAAGUCAGCUCAUUAAUGUUAAAACUCACAAAGGUCUAAGGUUCCAGCUGGACCCAGACAGUGCACACAGGCUGCUCCUCCUCAGCAACGGGAACAUGUCCAUCAGGUGUGAUGUCAACGGCAGGAGAUCAAUCACCAGCCACAAAGACCGCUUCACUGGCCUGAGCACUGCAGCCCUGGGCAACAUAUCCAUCCGCUGUGGGCAGCACUACUGGGAAUGUGAUGUCAGAGAUUGUGCCUCCUAUCGUGUGGGCGUGGCGUACUUUGACUCACCCAGGGCCAAGUUGAUUGGCGGGAGCGAAAGUUCAUGGGUCUUCCACAGGAGCGGGUGCAUCAGCUCUGCCAUAACUGGGGAUGUGAAGCACAACGUCCCGCAGUGUAGCCCCAACGUCCUGGGGGUGUUCCUGGACUACGACAAGGGCCUGCUCUCAUUCCUGGACGUGGAGAAAGAGGAGCACAUCUACACUUUCCACACCAAGUUCCUGAAGCCUGUGUACCCGGCAGUGGCACUGCUGUCCCUGGAUGGCUCCAUGGCUGUCUAUGCAGACAAAGAAGUACCCAAACAAGAGUUCCCUCAGAUUCAAGCGGAUUAUGGUGGCUUUACAACUACAGCUGGACUAGUUGCUUAUGGACCUUCUGCCUAUGCCUUGGUCCCUGUACCAAAGUGAACCAGCUUACCUAGUUUAUAAUUCAGCAAUAUGCCCAGCAGCCAGGUACUUUUUAGAUGGCAUCAAUGCAAAAUAAAAUAAAGGGCAAACGGUAAUUUACAAGUACAUGUACUUCAGAUACCACAUUCUCCAUGUUGAAGUUCUUUCUUUAAAUAUUUGGAGUAAUUCUCUUAAGUUUUCUUGCCAUGAGUCUGCAGCCCUUGAUUUGAAAGCACAGUGAAAUAUUUAUUGCAAAUUUGCAAUAUUUAUUGUUACAUUUAUGACAUUUAUCAGCAAUACAUCCACUUAUGUGCAAAUGCAACUGCAACUCCAGACUAAUAAUAGCAUAUAAAGAAAUUAUGGUACUAGGAGAUCCAGAACACACCCAGGGCUAGACAGGAUUAUAAGGUCUAAGUUACGAAACUUUAUUGUUUGUUUGUUUUGAUCAUGAAUCACAGAAACAGGACAAAAUUUAACAUUGACUUAGCAGCCUCUCUACAUAACACAGCUCCUUCCAAAACAUAUUGUAACUGAUGGCUGUGAUAGGUCUAGACACGAUGGAAAUGAAAUCCAGUCCAUAUCUCAGAAUGUCUUGAUAUUACAUGUUUACAUUUAAAUUGCAUACUAUUAUGAUGUCCACAAAUGAUUUUACAUAUAACAUGUAGUUAAAUGUUUCUAAAUUCGUUGCUGUUGGGAAGGGCAUCUUGUUUUUUUUUUGCAGGUGGGCAUAAUGGAAACAGUUUGAGUAAUAAUGGAAUUAUAGUUACCUAAUGAAAGCACUUGAAUUUCAUU